UGAGGGAAAAAAGGCAAAUAAACUUAGCUCAAGUACACAUAUCUUAGGUAAGAGACAUGCUGAAAAUCUAGAGGGUGCUUCAGCUCCCAAAAGGCAGGCUGAUGAAACAAAUAAGGGAUCACCAAAAUCAUUGAGCCCCAACAGAGUAUGUUCUUUGUCUAGAGAGAGUUCAUUUAAGAACUUAGACAAGGGGAAAGUGAGGCCAUCUCCUCAAUUUUCUCUUGGAAACCAUUCUGGUAAUCAUAUGCUAGAAGCUGUACGCUCUCUGACUUCUUAUCCACGGCUGCAAACACCAAAGGGGAGCUUAUUGAAAUGCAGUUCAUUCAAUACCUUAAAUUCCAAACCUAUAGUGAAGCUUGUAGAUGAGGUUGUUGUUCAGAAACGGAAAAGUGCUAGAGAACAUGCAUCACUUGAUAGCAAGGAGGAACCUGCUAGAAUGGUGGGCAAAUCAAUGUCAUUUAAAUCCAGUAACUCUGGACGGUUAAAUGCUGGGGAAUCAAAAUUUAAAUUGCUAUCAUCUAAAAAUCCUCAUGUUCAAGAUCCGAAAGAAUUAAAGCAAGUUAAAGAGAGGAUAUCAUUAGAAAGGAAAAAAAUAUCAAAAUUGGACCUCUAUAGUUCUAUUGUUUCGACACCUAAGGUGGAUCAGAAACUGACAGCUCGUGCUGAUGUAAUUUCUCAUUCAUCUGCAAUCAACCACCGAGAAACUAAAGUUGUUCAGUCAGAUGGAAGACCAAAUAACUUAUCAAGAUCAACCAACAGUCUAGCUCGUAAAGGUGUUGAAAAUGCAGUUUGUUUUGCUGUUUCAUCCACCAAUGGAGACUUUUCUUCUGAACAGAAGUUAAACCAAGUGAACCUGAAGGAGGAACCCUCAUCAAGUUCUUCACUGUCGUUUGAGAGGCAACCUUGUAACAUUAAUGGAGUUGUUUCAGAUGGCCUAUCUCUGUUAAUAGAUUCAACAAACCAGAGUGAGAAAUCAAGGGAGAGUGCUUUUAGUCGAUCCUCCAAAAGUGAUCCAUGUUUAAAAUGCAAAGGAAUGGGUCAUGCAGCUGAGUAUUGCUCAGUCUUUCUGGCUUAUGGUGCUGAUCAGUCUGCUCCUAGAACUUCUACAGAGGAGAUAAAUAAAGGCAAUAAGAUGAAAGCUGCAAUUGAGGAUGCUAAACGUUUGAAGCCUGAAAUAUGUGAAAGAACUUCUCAAGAUCCAUCAUCAGUUUGCAAUAAGGCAAAGAAUGUGGUUUCUGUUGAAUUUACAGAUGAGCGACAAGCAAAUCUUUGCAAUCAGGCUUCCACUGGUAAUAUGAAGCUGCUUAAUUCACAGUCCACUGAUGCUGUCUCUGUAGUUUCUUCUGUUGGCAAACUUUCAAUGAGAGAUAUCCAUGCCCCUCCUUUAGCCACAACAUCUGCUGUCUCAAAGAUGUCAGCCAUCCCAGACCAUGAUUACAUCUGACAGGGGACUUUUGAUGUGAAUAAGCAUGGAAAACCUCCUGAGUUUUGUGGUGGUGUUCAGGCCCAUAUCUCAACCCUUGCAUCACUUAAAGUGCUGGAGGUUGUCAACACUUUUCCCCACAAGGU